GAAGCAAAUAUGAACUCAGUGGAACGUUUAAUUUACUACAGUGAUAAGCUAGAAGUAGAAGCAGAGAAUAUAGUACCGGACAACAGACCACCGCCUGGAUGGCCAUCUCGUGGAGAAAUUCACAUUAAAAAUUUGGAAAUUAAAUAUGGACUUGAUAGCCCUCUAGUUUUGAAAGGCAUCUCAGUUGAUAUUAUGGCUGGUGAAAAGAUUGGAAUUGUUGGCCGAACUGGAUGUGGAAAAUCAACGUUGGCAAUGUCGUUCUUUAGAUUUAUUGAAGCAACUUCUGGAAGUAUUGUAAUUGACGAUGUUGAUAUCAAUACUAUUGGAUUAAAAGACCUUAGAAGUAAUAUUACUAUUAUACCUCAAGAUCCCAUACUAUUUAAUGGUACUAUAAGAAGUAACUUGGAUCCAUUCAACGAGCAUAGUGAUCUCAAGUUGUGGAAUGCUCUUCGUCGUGUACACUUAAUUAAAAAUUCAAACUCUACUUCUGAAAAAAAAGAACCAGAAGAAUCAAAGGUUAUCCAUUCUACUUCGGACCAAAAAAAUAAUAAGCAAGAACCAAUAACGCUUGAACCACUUGUCGAAGAAAAUGGAUCAAAUUUUUCCCAAGGUCAACAACAACUGAUUGCAACGGCUAGAGCACUAGUUCGUAAUUCAAAGCUGAUAAUAAUGGAUGAAGCUACUGCGAGUAUAGAUUUCAAAACUGAUCAUCUAAUACAGACUACAAUUAGGGAAGAGUUUAAGGAUAGUACUAUUAUCACUAUUGCGCAUAGGUUGCGAACUAUCGUAGAUUAUGAUAGAAUUCUGGUUAUGGAUGCUGGAAAUGUAGUGGAAUUCGAUAUUCCAUACUUAUUGAUGCAGAAGCCUGAUGGAUGGUUUAGAGGAAUGUGUGAAAAAAGUGGUGAAUUUGCAGAAUUAAUAGAAAUUGCUAAGCAGGAAUAUGAGAAGCUAUCGUUGACACAUUAA